CCCCACUUUCCAGGGGCAGAGGAAACAUUGUCAACUCUACGCUCCUAUGUGUACAAGAUUGCACUCCCUCCAGACAGACACGAGAUUGUGGAGAUCGGACGUUCAUCGCAACAGUUGAUGAAUGAGACCCGAGUAAAGAAAGCAGAAAACUUCAGGAUUCCUUCCCUUGCCCAAGUAAGAAAGAAUUCCUUCUCUGCCAACGUCUGCUUGUUUGAGAUAAUCAUACAGCACCAAGAGCCGCAGGUUAUGAUGAAAGGUAGGUCUUAUUUGAAACUCUAUGGGAUCCGCAUGGGCUUCCUGUGCUACCUGCUGCGCUAUUUCUUGAAGUUGAACUGGCAGCGAAAUCUGUACUUGCACCCCGAAGAGUUUUUUGUGCUGGCGGCAUGGACAAUGGCCUGUCAUGAGCCAAGGCGCUUUCAUUUGUUUAAGUUCGUGCCCGGUGUUCGAUGUGUGACGGUGUAAAACUGGUUUCAGUCCCUUUACAGGCACGCCUACGCAUUCCUUGGUAAUGUGCUUGCUCAUGAGUUCCCAACACCCAAGGAACUGUUUUCAGGAGGGACAUUUGUAGCACUGUACAUGUCCUGUUCAAUUCUAGCUGUAAAUCCUGAAGCAAGACAAAGGCUCCCAGAAAAUGUAUGUCUUGAGGACUUUAAACAAGUCAAAGGCUUAGUGCAACAGAUAGUCGGCUCAUCC